CAUAACUUGGCUUCUUCGCCAUUAUACUGUAUGUCUUUUCAUUGUAGGCCUAUGGUGUAUGCAUUUUUGUUUUGAAAUGUUUAGCUAAGCUCUAGAUUCGGUAUUGCAGAUAUUUCGAAAAUGUCUCGUUUCAUUAUGUCCACGUUAAUGUCCCGUCUUAAACAUGUGAUUGUAAUUCACGGAAGAGCCAGGGUAGCCUAAUUUCUAGUGAACGUGCGAUAGGCAAGGCAACAUUGCAGAAAGCUGUUGUAUGAUCGUGGAUACUAGCAUGGAUUCAGAAUGUAGUGCUUGGGUUUUGAAGUCAGGGUUACAGGGAAAAGAAGUUCAGUUGCACCAAAUAUUGGAGUAUGAAGAACAAGUAUGCCAGUGCCAGACUCUGAGACCGCAGGUAGAAGAUCUCCAGAAGAGACUUGAGGAGAAGGACAACAAACUCAUUCAGGCGAACAAGGUAAUCAAAGCACUGAGGGAUGAGGUGCAGACACUGCAGCAACAGCUGGAGCAGCACAGACGGAAGUACCGAGAUGACGACACAAUUGGACAGAGACGUCAGCAAGGUCGGCGUGCAAGAGGAAAUGACAUCACUGCAUUGGGUUGUGAGAUCCCACCAAACGUCUUCCUGUCCUGCACUUCUGGAGACGACCCAACAGACACGCCAACAUCACCACAGGAACUGACAUCAUCACAAGAACUGGAGGAUGACUCGGCAGAUUUUCCAGCGUGUCCUGCUUAUGAUGAUGAUGAUGCACUGACAUCACCACGGCAACUGAAACUGCCUGUGCUGUCAGUGAAGCUACAAGACUGCCGUAAAAUGCUGGGGCCUGGCGGAGUUUUUAAGAUUCAACCUGUAGAGGAGAUCAGCGAUGAGGAUUACAAUCACGGCUUCAGAGGUUGUCAGGAUGACGACAGUGACUUUGACCCAACAGAUCGUGAAACUUCAGCUGUGAGGGAACAGAAGAGGCAGAGCAGAGGAGUCGGGAAAGUCAACAAAGCCAAAUCCAAAAAGUAUCUCUAUGACAAACGUUUUGCAUGUGCAGAAUGCGAAAAGAUAUUUAGAUUUCCAAACCAGCUGGCUCGUCACCAAAGAGUGCACGCCAAAGAGAAAAAGCGUAUCACUGCCAUGGCCACUGCAUUUGAUGACGUGUCCACUGAAUCUACACAUGAAAGUGCAUCCACUGACUCAAACAUCGCUGAGAGUCAACAGCCUUCUUUUGAAUGUGACGUCUGUGGGAAGAUUCUUUCUACCAAAACUUGUCUCAAAGUUCACAAAAGACUGCAUACAGGUGAAAUGCCAUACUCCUGCAAAGUUUGCGACAAAACUUUCAGGCAGUUAGGUGGACUCUUUUCACACCGGAAACGGCAUUCACAGGAGACUGGUGAAAAUCCUGUCAAAGUGAAAAAGAAAAAGGAUGUAGUGCACAAGUGCUCACUUUGCCCCAAGGAGUUCCCAUAUUUAUCAAAAUUAGAAAAACAUUUUAGAAUACAUUCAGGAGAGAAGCCCUACCUUUGUAGACAUUGCCCCAAGAGAUUCGGCAGUCAUUCGAAUCGGAAAAGUCACGAAAUUUUCGCCCAUACAGACGAGAAACCUUUUGAGUGUCCGGUGUGUAGGAUGACAUUCAAAACUAAACUUUGCCUUACAAAUCACGAGUCGAUACACUCGGGACUGAAGCCGUUUACCUGCACGUACUGCAACAAGGCUUUUAGACAGAAGUUUCAGCUAAAGAUGCAUAUAAGAAGGCACGUGGGAGAUAAGCGUCACAAUUGUUCGUUCUGCGACGCCAGUUUUGUGAAUCACAGUGACCUCAAAAAUCAUCAACGUCGACACACCGGCGAGAGGCCUUACCUUUGCUCCAUUUGCGGGAAGACCUUCAAUCACGCUCACAUACUGAAGACCCACCAGAUAGUUCACACUGGAGAGAAACCCUAUCAAUGUUCUGUCUGUGGAGAGAAAUUCUCCUACUUGCAGCCCUUGUAUGCGCAUGAGAAGAAAGUGCACAAUAUUGUUUCCUACCCGUGUCAAGUAUGUGGGAAGAGCUUUAAAUCAGAUCGAGGACUAAAAGGGCAUGGCUGUUUUCAAGGUCAGAAUAGGACUCAAGUAAAUAAUGACGAGGGGGUUGACGCAGUGAAGGACAUUGAGGGGAUUGAAGCAGCGAAGUGUAUCGAGGGGGUUGAAGUAGCACAAAACACUGAGGAGGUUUUAGCAGCAAGUUACAUCCCAGACGUGGAGAUGUAUGGUGAAGAAAUGACCUGAAGUAGUAGUGGGCGAUAUGACUAAAUUAAAUCGUGAAUUGUGAAAUCGA